AUGGUGGCCAUGAAUGGUGUGGUGGCCAUAGAUGUGUGUGGUUUCAAUGACACCAUCAUAAGUCGGAUUACUUAUGCUUUCCUAAUCGGCCAAACCCUUUACAUCGGAAACGCCACCUUUUACUACAAAACUGAUAUAAAGGGCAAGAAUUGGCAUUUCGAUGACGGGAAUACCAUUACCGACCAAUUUGUGACGAUCACGAGUGCCGUAGACUUCGGUGGCGCCGAUCACUGCAACACAAAGGUGGCCGACUGUGAGGUUAUGACCAAAGCUUUCGACAAAACUCUUGUAAUCGGCGACAUAGGAAGUGGUGGCAGCACUCCGUUCGGCUACAAGACUUACCUGACCAGAGGCGGGGCUCUUAAUCCGGCUACCGAUCCAAAUGACAUGCCCUGGAACUUGGCACUAAACGGUACGAUUGGGGGAACGGUAUCCACGCAUAAAAUGUGGCCGAAGGACAGGUAUAACGGAUAUUUGUUUGCAUACGACGGCACUCAGCAACUGUUGUACGCCAUAACGUCGACGCCAUCCACUCUGCAAGACGUGCCAGUAGUCGGUCCUCCCAUCCAGAAAGUGGUCACUCAGAUCCCCGUAGUGGGCGGUGUAGUGGCCGACUCAUACCAAUUACAGUAUAACGGAUAUUUGUUUGCAUACGACGGCACUCAGCAACUGUUGUACGCCAUAACGUCGACGCCAUCCACUCUGCAAGACGUGCCAGUAGUCGGUCCUCCCAUCCAGAAAGUGGUCACUCAGAUCCCCGUAGUGGGCGGUGUAGUGGCCGACUCAUACCAAUUACAGUAUCGGCUAAUCGACGGCCAAUUUAAUGGUCAAUUCGUUAGGAAAAGUGUCAAAAGACGGUAUACGGCGCUUGUGGUCAGGAAUAGCAAUGUGUUUGCGUUAGCAGAUAAUGGGUUGGUGUAUAUACUUGAGCCCAAUGCCAGUGGAGUGGCGGCUGAAAGGAAAUCUUACAAAUUGAAAGAGUUCUUGAAUUGCAACCAAAGUUCUCCACUUUUGUCAACCGCUAGUCUUUUGCCCGCAAUUAAUACCGAGAAAUCUAGACCUGGAAAUGGUGUCGGAAAGGGAAACCAUAAACCUAUAGAUAAUGUACCGAAAAGUGGAAGUGAAGAGAGAGUUGGAACUGACGGCCAACUCAGUGGCGACGACACCAGUCAUGAAGAGACUGAUCCGACCUCUAAAGAAAACAAAUCAAAUAUAAUUAUUAUAUUGUUUCGAUCAAAUAGUGAACAAAAUGAGAAAUCGCCUAAACUGUCAAAACCUAAGGUUACCCCAAAACAGGUGUUAAAAGUUGGGACACCGGCCAAGCCUUCAAACAUAGACAAAGCCUCUAGAUUUAAGAUACCGAAGACACCUACCGGUGCCGCUAAAGGAUCCACUGAAUCAAAGAUUGGUUCUCAAAAAAUCAAUUUAUCAACAGUUUCUGUCCGAUCAAAAAUGUUUGUCUCGCAUUCAACGUUCGUAUGGAUAGUAUUGGUGGCCAUCAAUGGUGUGAUGGGGGAUACCAUGGAUGUGUGCGCUUUCAAUGGCACCAUCAUGGAUAAACUAACCGGCCUUUUCCUAAUCGGUGACACCCUUUACUUCGGGAACACCACCUAUUACUACAGGGCUAACAUAAAGGACAAGGUUUGGAAGUUCGACGGUGGGGCUGACAUUGGAGACCCUGACAUUAGGAGUCUCUUCACUGAUUGUAAGCCGGCCCAAUUUUCUGACUUCACGAGUGCCCUGGACUUCGGCCCCGCGAAUCAAUGCACCAAAUCGGUGGCCGACUGUGCGGUUAUGACCAAAGCUUUCGACAAGACUCUUAUGAUCGGCCGCAUGGGAAGUGGUGGCAUCAAUCAGUUUGGGUACAAAGCCUACCAGACCCCAGCCGAUGCUUCCAACCCAUCUCCGGUGACCGACAACGACGAGAUGCCCUGGAAUUUGUCGCUAAGCGCCGCCAUUACGAGCACUAAUAACACGUUUUGGCCGAUUGACGACUCCUACAGUCACUACUUGUUUGCAUACGACGGCACAGACCAACGCGUGUAUGCCUUGACCGAGACACCGUCCGGGCUCAAUAAAGCUCCCAUCCUUGGUCCCAUCUUUGGGGGUAUUGCCAAUGUUCUGGGUGUUACUGGUGAUCAUAAAUUGCAUUAUCGACAAAUCGACGGCAAAUACACUACAAAAUUAGCGCAAGGAAAGUAUCUUGGACUUGUGGUCAGGAGUGGUAAUGUCUUUGCCUAUGAAAAUUAUCUUGCGGUCCAUCUGUUGGACCCUAACGGCGCCAAAAAAGUGGCGACUGAAGUGAAAACUUACACUUUGAAAGAGUUCUUGAAUUGCAACCAAAGUUCACCCCUUUUGAUGUCUCGUAUUUUGCCCAAAAAUGACAACGAGUCAAAUGGAUCAGAUAGAGACCCUGAGCCUAAUGACACCAAUGACACCACAACACCCAAUGGCAACGAAACGGGUGGCAAAGUGACGGGCCCUCCGGAUAAUCGAUCAAAAUUCAUGACUAGUGGACAAAAGGAAAGGGUUCACACAUCCAAACCGGACCCCAAUGUUAAAUCAGAAUCGCUAUCAAAGGCUGAGCCGUCGACCACACGUUCAGCCGAUGGAUCUGAAACCUCGAUCACCGGCGCCGCUCAGGGAUCCACUCAAUCGAAGAUUGGUUCUCAAGAAAGCAAUGUAUCGGUUGUUUCCGUCCGAUCCAAUGCUAAUUGA